AUGUCAGGCCAACAUGUCCAGAACGCCAUAAACCAGGUUAUGACUACCGCCGGCGUGCAAAUCGUCGGUGGCACAGGCGGCCAUGCGCAUACUCCUGCCAACGCGAACCAAGUUCCGCCUCCGCCUCCACCGGCGCCCGCGAUGCCGUUCCCGCAAUUCAUGCAAGGAGCGUUAGGCAUCGGCGGCCAUGGGGAGCAUCAGCAACAAGCAAUGCCAGCACCACACGCCCACGGCCAGCACAACCACCCACCGAAUCCCAGUCCGCUAGCACAACACCUCCAAGCCCAGCAGGACAAUCCCACCGUUCAAGUCAUACACCCGCCCGCUCAACAAACCCCACCACCUACAACCCCCACAAACAGCACAGACCCCAACAAGCUCUACUCCGGCAUGAUCCGCUCCAACCGCUUCAAAGUCGUCACAUCGCUCUGCCUCCAACUCCACGACGUUCUACACACUAAACCACCUCCGUCUGCGCUAUCCCCCGUAUCCUCCACUUCCAUCACUCCCACCGAAUCGUUCAGCACACGACUACGCGAAUUACAUCAAGUCGGCCCCGAGCGACCCACUGAUAGAAAUACUGUCGCUAACACCACAUCCGCUAAGCCCUCCGGCUCCUCCAGCGACCGCAAGUCUUCCCUCCAAACAACGAAAACCGAGACCCUUCCACCGCCGCCCAACACGGAAAUCAAGAUUGUCACAAUAGUACGACCGGGCAAGAGAUUCGUCAAGAGGCUACUUGAGACUUUUCCGGAUGAGCUCGAGGUUGAUCCUGUGACGAAAGAUGCCAGAACAAGGUUUAGGAAGAUGCAUGGGGUGGAUGUUAGUUGGGAGUUUAAUGGUUUGAGUGAUAUGGAGGCGAGCAGUGCGGGAGGGGUUGUGGUUCCUUGGGAUGGGGGGUGGUGA